AUGGCCGCUCCCCACUUACCCCCAGCAACACUAAUGUUAAAACAGUUCAUCAGAAGGCAACAAGUUCUUCUCCUCUACAGAAGGAUUUUCCAAACAAUUCAGCAAGUUCCAAAUGAUUCUGAUCGCAAAUACCUAAAGGAUUGGGCAAGGGAAGAAUUCAAAAGAAACAAAAGUGCCACUAGGCAUGCCACCAAAGAGGAUACAAUUCGGAUGAUGAUUACUCAAGGCAAUAUGCAGCUCAAGGAGUUAGAAAAAACACUUGCUUUAGCAAAAUCUUAA